CGUCACGGGCGGCGCGGCGGCGCAGCGCGCGGGCGGUGCCGCGGUCAGUGCGUGCCCGACCGCCCGCCCGCCAUGUCGCGACAGAGCCCGGCCGAGGAGAACCUGCAGGGGUCCUGGGUGGAGCUGCACUUCAGCAGCAAUGGCAGUGGCAGUGGCAGUGGCAGCUCAGUGUCUGGGGGCAGCCAGGAGCAGGUGCCAGCCUCGCUGUCCAUCCACAACGGGGACAUGGAGAAGAUCCUGCUGGACGCCCAGCACGAGUCGGGCAGGAGCAGCUCCAGGGAGAGCUCCCACUGUGACAGCUGCAGGUGCAUGGAAGCUCACUGCUGUGUGCUGUGUGCUGUGUGCAGCCCCCCUCGCUCACAGACCCCCCAGGACAGCCACAGAGCCCUGGAGAUAGAGAGCCACAGCAGCGGGGAGAAGAACAGCUUCCAGUCCGAGGAGGAUUUCCUGGAGAGGAGGAGGGAGGUGGAGCGGCUGCUGCGGAAGAACGCGGACUGGAUCUGGGACUGGUCCAGCCGGCCCGAGAACAUCCCACCCAAGGAAUUCCUCUUCAAACACCCCCGGCGCACGGCCACGCUCAGCAUGAGGAACACCAGUGUCAUGAAGAAAGGGGGGAUUUUCUCUGCAGAGUUCCUGAAGGUUUUCCUCCCAUCCCUGCUGCUCUCUCACCUGCUGGCCAUUGGACUGGGGAUUUACAUUGGCAGGCGCCUGACCACCACAGCUUCCAGCAGCACCUUCUAGAGGCACGUGGUGGAGGAGCUGGAGCAGACAGACUCAGCUGGAGCACAGGAGGUGCAGAGGAGGGGAGCUGGUCGUGGCGCCGUCGUGUGUGUGUCCUGUCCGUGUCCUGUUUUAGUUUAGUCUAAAAAUGGGAGGGGAGACGCUGGAGCUCCCGUGUCACAUAGAGCCUGCUGGAGCAGUCCCUGCUGGAGCAGUCCCUGCUGGAUCAAUCCCUGCUGGAUCAAUCCCUGCUGGAUCAAUCCCUCGAGCACGUGGCAGAUGCUGUAAUGUCCCUUAGUGCUUUGUAGUGAAGUACCUGAGAAUUAGAGCAGCUCCGUGUUGAAACCAGCCCCAGCUUUCAGCAGCCCUUGUGCUGGGCCCUGUCCCUCCCCUGUGCUGGGAGCUUGUCACUGUCCCCACGGGGAGGGAAGAGCCCAAACCACGAGUGGCCUUACAGAUUGAUCCGGGAAUUCCCAGGGCUGGCACCGGCCCCGGGCACUUUUAACUCUGGCAGUUGUUGCUUUGUUCACUUGGGUGGGAGGUCUAAGGUGUUGAGACACAGUGGGAAGAGGUGAGCACGUGGGUAAAACUCCAUCAGUUUGUCCUAGUUCAGAGGUAGAAUGUGGAUUUAGUGCCUACUAAAAGCUGCUUUUGCCAGGACAUUUCUUGAAGCCCUAGCAGUUACUCCAAGUUCUCUGCUGUACCUACUGCAGGCUGUUGCUUCACAGGCUUUACCUGUCCCUAAAACCUGCACCUGACCCCAGCCCUGGGCACACCAACCACAGGGUGGCUUCUCCUUGGUUUUUACUGAUGCAAUGCCUUUCCCUUCAGUGAUUUUAUCUUAUUUAAUGAGAAAAUGAAUGUUUGCCAAAAUACCAUGUUUUAUAUAUUUAAAUAAAAAGGUUCCUGGUGAA